AUGACACUGAGGCUACAGAUUUGCCUUCUGCUUCUUGUUGCCAGCGGUCUGGCAGAGCUUUUGGCAACCGAGAACUUAACGGUGAUAGAGGGUCAAACACUAAUCCUCAGGUGCUCAAAUGUCAAUGAUGACAGUGACCAUCUGGAAUGGAAAAAUCCACACGGGUUUGUGAUAUUCUUCAACACCCAUAAAGCUCUGAAGGACAAACGCUACAGGAUCGUCACAUUUUCCCGUUCAGAAUAUACAAUAAGCCUGUCUGAUGUCAGCUUUAAAGAUGGAGGCCUCUACACCUGUUUACAAUACACGGGUGUUGUCACAGCAAAGCGGUUCAAAGUGACAGUUUUAGGUUUCCCUAAACUGGAGGUAACUGAGCAUGAUGGCAAGACCGCGAUCAAAUGUUCUGCACACUCAAACUACCCUCCCCCCAAAAUAUCUUGGCUUUUUGAAAGUGGAUUAGAAAUUGAUGCUCCUCCCCAGCACCACUGUGAGGACAGGCACACUGAAUGCUCCUCGGUGGACGUUCUGCUAGUCCAGUCUCACAGGAGGCGUGUGACUGUGAAAUGUGUUGUUCGCCACCAAGCCUUGUACAAGUCACACCUGAUGAACUUCAUAUCCAUUAGAAAAGAUAUUGCAGAAGAAGCAGUCUCAGCUGCAACAGCAGGAUACUGGCCCAGCACAGGUAGUACAACAGCGUUAACCACAGACCCCAACUCCAGCAAUGACGAGGUGACCUCUCCCUCACUAGCAGGGACCACUGAAUCAGCAUUAACAAGCAUCAGCACCAGCUCCAGUGAUAGAGAUGAAGCCUCUCCAUCAGUAGCUGUGACCACUGAAUUAACAUUAACAAACACCAGCACCAACUCAAGUACUGAAGAGAACCAGAAUGAGUGGGACAAAAGGAGCAACAAGAGGCAAAGCUCCUCGACACUCAUCCUGUUGGUGACGUGCCUCAUCCUCGGCCUACUGGUGGUGGUCAUUUUCUUUGCAAUCAAGCUGAGGCGAGCUCAUGCCCUCUGGAAGAAAGAAAAUGAAGAUUCAGAACAAUCUCUGGAGAGCAAUAAAUCAAAAUCAAGCAAUGAAGAAAGGCAGUCCCAAGAAAGGAGAUGCCAGAUUAGUGUCAUUAACCCAGGAUUUCGUAACACAAACUUCACGAAAUACAUAGUUGAGGAACCUCCAAAAAAUGAGUCAGCAGCAAAUGCAAAAGGUGAAGAGACACCCCAAAUUCAGGGUGACCACCCCAACCCACGUGAAGUGGUAACAAGUCCACGGAUAAGGGAAACAGAACUAUAG